AUGGCUCGUAACGCAGAGAAAGCGCAAAGCACACUGUUCAGAUGGAGGGCGCAACAAGCAGCAGACCUGGGCAUCCUCGACACAACCCGCACGCGGCGACCAAAGGCCAUAUCGCAACAAGAAUCCGUACCGACAUGUGAGCGCUGGCGCGGUCAAGUGCUCAAGGAGAUAUCGCGCAAAGUCUCAAAGAUCCAGGACCUCUCGCUCUCUGACUUUCAAAUUCGCGACAUCAACGACGAACUGAACAAGCUCUUCAAGGAAAAAUGGCAGUGGGAGAUGCGCAUUCGCGAAUUGGGAGGGCCGAACUAUAUGAGAGGAGGUGGUCGGGUUGUCGAUGAAGAGGGCAGGGAGAUACAAGGAGGUGGAAAGGGCUACCGCUACUUUGGAAGAGCAAAAGAAUUGCCCGGAGUGAAGGAGCUGUUCGAGGCCGCAAAGAUCAAACCACAGGAAGACAAGGCUCUGGAGACGCGAUCGGAUCUACGCCAGAAAGUCGAUGCCUCCUACUACGGCUACAACCUUGACGAAGAAGAUGGCAAAUUGCUAGCCUACGAGGCACAGAAGGAAAAGGAAGCAUUCGAGCAUACUAUGGAUGAUCAAGACGCGGAGGACACGGACUGGGAGCCGUUACCUGGGGAUUCUGGAGAUGGUGUUGCUUGGAACCUUCCGACCGCAGAAGAAGUUGAGGCCGAACUCAUCGAGAGAAGGAAACGAAAGCUGCUUGAUAAGCUGUGA